CAAGCUGUUACAACCAACCUGUAAGACUCAUUAUUUAAAGUCGUUGCCAGGUUCAAACUAUAGGGAAGAAACUGAUGAGAUUGGAAAGGAUUGACUCAGAAGAUAUCUGUUCCUGUACAAUAUACAUGAAAUUACUUGUAAAUCAUAGCCUCUGCUGUUCUCCCUUGCUGGCAGGGUAGGGUAUGGAAAUUUCAGAGUGAGUUUCAGCUCACCUUCUGAUAGGGCUAUCUUAACCUUCACUGAGAGGAAAAUAUUAUUUCCCAGCUCCACAGCACUUUUCAUUCCACUUAAAUUCUCUAUCUUAGGGAAGCAAUUGUGAGUUUCAAAGCAAAUCAAGCUAUGUUCCUCCUGUUGACAGUUGGUUCACUUUUUUUUUUCCUAUGCAUGGGGAAAUUAUUAUAUGAAUUUUGAAUAAUCAAGUAAAUGCCUCUGUCUUCUUUAGACUAUGAUUUGUUAAUUCUCAGAUUUUCUAAUUAAUUAAUAAUUAGAUUAUUAAUUCUUGAUGUUUAUCUCUGGUAAUACUGUUCUCCUGAAAAGAAACUAUACUUCUCCCAGUGUAUUAGGCUGUUGUGAUGUGGCCUUUCUUUUUUUUUGGCUGCGCUGCACAGCAUGUGGGAUCUUAGUUCCCUGACCGGGGAUCGAACACACACCCCCUGCAUUGCAAGGUGGAGUCUUAACCACUGGACUGCCAGGGAAGUCCCUGAUGUGGCCUUCUAAGUUUGUUAUAGUAAAAUAAGUGGUUUAUGUAAGUACUAAACACAUGGCAGAUUCCUCUUUAUCUGUUUAUCUUAUGUUGUAACAUACCCCCAAUUUUUUCUCUUAAAUGUACAGCUAUGCAUGAGAGAACUGAAUGCUGUUUAUCUACCUGGGACAUUUUAGCUUCAUGAUAUCAGCCUCCUUUUAUUUCUCUCAUUGCCUGUCAUUUUUCCUUUGUUGCAGUCUUUAAUAUUUUAUUCAUCCUAAAACCAUUUACUGUACCACUUUGGCCUUUUAUCAAGCAAUCCAAAAGUUUACCUCUGCACAGGGCAGCUAGUAAUUUUAAACCAAAAGUUACUACUUUCCCAUCUAUGGGAAUGGUAUAAUCAGCUACAAAACAAGGUUUAAAGAUAGUUUUGCCCAAGCUGGUGUUUUUAAACAGAUGAAGUUGGGAAGUUCCUCAGUUUCUCCAGAGUUGUGUUUUCAGAGUAGUCAUUUUAUUUUUCGACUUGAGGGGUUGUGGUCCUAGCAUAUUAAGUUGAAGUUCAAAUAUCUCUUGAGUUUAAAUCCAGAGAGAUUUAGAAUGGCUGUGUUGUGGAGUUCUCCUAGGUUAGCCUGUAAAGUUAGUAUGAAAUCCAUGUGUGUCUGACGUCUGAAUGGAAUUAGCAAAGCCAGGGACAUUUAGUGCUCCUUAAUAUGACUUUCUGCCCAUCUCACCUGUCCCACAAUGUCCUUGUGAGUCGGAGAGUUUCCAGGAGGACUCCCCGUCGGCCACUGAAAUUUAUGAUAAGAGUUGAUGGGAAGAGACCCGCUGCGGGGGAGGAAGCCUCUCAGGGAGUGGACCUUUGAAUAUCUGUGAAGAAAUGACUGUUCUGCAUGGGGGCUUCUUGCUGGCCGAGCAGCUGUUCCGCCCCAAAACACUGGCAGAAUUGACCAAGUCUGACUGGGAGCAUGUUGGGCGGCCGAUUGUGGAGGCUCUGAGGGAGAUCUCCUCUGCCACGGCCUGCUCCCAGCCCUUCGCCUGGAAGAAGAAAGCUCUGAUUAUCAUCUGGGCCAAGGCUCUGCAGCCCUACCCUGUCACGCCUUCUGACACUGAAACCCUGUGGCAGGAAGAUGUGUUCUUCUCCGUGGGCAACAUGAUCCCCGCCAUCAAUCACACGGUCCUCUUUGAGCUGCUUAAGUCCCUGGAAGCUUCUGGACUCUUUAUCCAGCUCCUGAUGGCCUUGCCCGCUACUGUCUGCCGUGCAGAACUAGAGCGCUUUUUGGAGCACAUGACUAUCAACACUUCUUCGAAGGAUGUGGCCUUCUUCCUCGACGUUUGGUGGGAAAUGAUGAAGCACAAGGGCAAUCAGCAGGACCCCCUGCUCUCCCAGUUCCGGACAGUGGCCCAUAAGUACCUGUCCUCUUCAGAUGAGUUCUCCCACCCUCCAAAGAGGUUUAAGUCCGACCCGGAUGUGUGUCCUACCAUGCCCCUGCUGGGCAUGCUGCUCACUGGGCUGAAGCAAAUCCAGGAUAGGAUCCUGUGCCCCGGGAUGAAGUGUUGUGCCUUGGCCAACUUGGCUGACAUGCUGACCGUGUUUGCACUGAUGGAGGACAACCCCCAGGAAGUGUCUGCCACUGUGUAUCUAGACAAACUGGCCACGGUGAUCUCCAUGUGGAACACGGACACCCAGAACCCAUAUCACCAGCAUGCACUGGCAGAGAAGGUGAAGGAGGCAGAGAGGGACAUCAGCCUGACCUCACUGGCCAGGCUGCCGAGCGAGACGAUCCUCAUGGGGUUCGAGUUUCUGCGCAGCCUGCUGCGGGAGUGGUGGGAGGAGCUGCGGGCCACGCUCGGUGGCAGCCAGGGGACGAGCUACAGCAGCUACCGGCUGUGCGACAGCCUGACCUCCUUCAGCCAGAACCUGAAGCUCUACCUGGACGCCGCUAGCCUGUCCAAGGAAGAGAGGCAGGUGGCCUCUGAGCUGGCGGAGUGCGUGGGUGACUUCCUGAAGGACACGAACAGGGUGCUGAAGAACAAGGGCUUCGAGAAGGACAUCACUGCCUCCAUCGUCAUGGCCAUCAUCGAGCAGAAGUUGGACCGGCACAUGGAAAUGUGCUACAUUUUCGCUUCUGAGAGGAAGUGGGCCUUCUCGGAUGAGUGGCUGGCCUGCCUGGCCAGCAGCCGGGCUGUCUUCCAGGAGCCCGGCCUGGUGUUAGAGCUGCUGGAAGCAGUGGUGGACGUCAGCGCGGCAGACGGGGCUGUCCCCAGACCCCAGAUCAAACAGGUCAUCGACUUGAUCCUGGAGUGUCAUGCACACCUCUCACUGCCAGAUAAAAAUAAAGUCCUCUCGGGCGUCCUGCUCUCCUGGGGGCGCAAGGGCCUCUCUGAGAGGUUGUUGGGUCACUUGGAGGGGUUUCAGGAAGACCUCAACACGACUUUUAACCAGCUCACGCAGAGCGCUUCUGAACAGGGCUUGGCUAACGCCAUCGCUUCUGUGGCCCGCCUAGUCAUUCUGCACCCGGAGAUCACGGUGAAGAAAGUGUGCAGCAUGGCCGUGGUCAACCUUGGCACCCACAGGUUCCUGGCUCAGAUUCUCACCGCCUUCCCCGCCCUCAGGUUCGCAGAAGAGCAGGGUCCAAAUCCCUCCACGACGAUCGUGGUGUCCUGCCUCAAAGAAACAGUCUGGACGAAGUUCUCUACACCCAGGGAAGAGAAGCAGUUUCUGGAGUUCCUGAGAUGCCUGGUGAAUCCUGUGAAGCCCCAAGGGAUUCCAGUUGCUGCUCUUCUCAAGCCAGAUGAGGUGCUAAAGGAAUUCGUCCUGCCUUUCCUGACGCUCGACGUCAAAGAGGUGGACCUCAGUCUGAGGAUCUUCAUCCAGACUCUGGAAGCAAACACAUGUCUAGAGGAAUACUGGCUGCAGACCUGCUCUCCGUUCCCACUCAUCUUCAGCCUGUGCCAGCUCCUGAAUGGCUUCAGCAGAUACUGGCAGCUCCCCAAGGAGAAGCGCUGCCUCCCCCUGGACGGGAAGGACCUGGUGAUCCACAUCCUGGAGCUCCUCUGUGAGGUGGUGUCGGCUAACGCCGAGACCUUCUGCCCGGACACCUGGGUCAAGUCCCUGUCCUGGCUCCACUGGAAGCUGGAGCAGCUGGACUGGACUGUGGGCCUGAGACUGAAGAGCUUCUUUGAGGGCCACUUCAAGUGUGAGGUGCCAGCCACGCUCUUUGAGAUCUGUAAGCUUUCUGAGGACAAGUGGACCUGCCAGGCCCACCCCAGGUAUGGGCCCGGCACAGGCCUCCUGGCCUGGAUGGAGUGCUCCUGCAUCUCCAGCAGCAUCUCUGAGCAGAUGCUCGCCCUGCUGGUGGUGGAUGUGGGCAACCCUGAGGAGGUCAGGUUGUUCAGCAAGGGCUUCCUGGUGGCCCUGGUGCAGGUCAUGCCGUGGUGCAGCCCCCAGGAGUGGCAGUGCCUUCACCAGCUGACCAGGAGACUGUUGGAGAAGCAGCUCCUGCAUGUCCCCUACAGCCUGGAGUAUAUUCAGUUUGUCCCUCUUCUCAACCUGAAGCCCUUUGCCCAGGAGCUCCAACUCUCCGUGCUCUUGCUGAGGGCUUUCCAGUUUCUCUGCAGCCAGAGUUGCCAUAACUGGCUCCCUGUGGAAGGCUGGAGCCAUGUGGUCAAGCUCCUGUGCAACAGCCUGACCGACCUCCUGGACUCUGUUCGGUUGAUACAGUCAGUUGGCCCUUGGGCCCAAGGACAAGAGCAGGACCUGACCCAGGAAACCCUGUUUUUUUACACCCAGGUGUUCUGUCACGUUCUGCACAUCAUGGCCAUGCUCCACCAGGAGGUGUGUGAACCACUGUAUGUUUUGGCCUUGGAGAUCCUCACCUGCUACGAAACCCUGAGCAAGACCAACCCUUCUGUCAGCUCCUUGCUCCAGAAAGUAAACGAGCAGCACUUCUUAAAGUCCAUCGCCGAGAACAUUAGCCCCGAGGAGCGGCGCCAAACCCUCCUGCAGAAGAUCAGCAACUUCUGACCUUCGUGGGUCAGAAAACAGCUGGGCCUCAACUUGGCCAGGUCUACGGGGGCUACAGCUGAAAAACACAAAUUUUUCGGUUAUGUGAAAUUGUACACAAGCCCAAAAAUCUGACGACAUUGUAAAGAAAAUAGUUUCUUAGGUAUUUGUAACAUACAAAUUGUAAUAAAAUUCUCUUUUGAGUUCUGUCUUGC